AAUAAUCAUUAGCUGCAAUGGCUAAAUCACUUUGCUACAGUUACUGUUUUGUUAUUUAUUCGUGUACCGUGCUCCCUGCAAUAUGGGUUUCAUUCGAAAAUUAUUGGGUUUCAUAUCAUUAUUCGGAUUUCUGCAAUUAACCAAACAGCACUGUUACAUGAUGAAGUUGGUGGGCGUUAAGUCCUGGGACACGCCCAACUAUGGCCUGAAAAUCAACAUUUUCGAGAAGAACAACUCGAUGUCCUCGGUGACCACGGUGCGCCAGGAUGUGGCCAUUCCCCUAUGGCAUCUCGUCCUCCUGCAGCACCCGCGAAAGCGGAGCUCCGCAUCCGCCACUCGAGCGGAGCUGCCGCGAACGCUCUACAAUUCGACCAUGAAAACCUGCGAUUUCUGGAAAUACAUCCGCCACGUCUCCGCCUGGAACAAUGUGGCCAAGCUGAUGCUCGCUAAGGGUGCCAGCAACAUGAGUCUCGCCUGCCCCCUGAAAACGGGCGUAUACAUGAUGAACCGCAUCCAGGUGCCGCCGGAAACGGCGAUCCUGAAGUUCAUGUACCACCCGAACACACUCUACACCCUGGAGGGCACUGUCUACGCCCAGAAUCCCAAUGACAAGGUCAUCAAGAGGGCUCUGUGCCACUACGAGAUCAAUGCCACUAUCUAUAAGUCCUGUUAA